AUGUCUUUCAAGAUGUUUUCAUUAAUUUUAAUUCUCUUCGUUUGUGCUGUGAAGUCGGAUCAGACUGCUGUUUACUUGAAAAGAAGAGAAAUAACAAAAGAAGGUGGAUUUCAUAGAACGAUACGCACCGAAUUUGUUGUUACAACAAAUUCAUACUCUUUUAAAUUGUUGAAUGUUUCGUAUGUGGAGGAAUUAUCCUCCGAUGUGUAUAUUGAUAUUUACGAAAUGAAAAACAUCAAACCAGAUAUACUCCUUUUAAAAGAUCAAGAAUAUAUCAACGUUGAAACACCUUCAUAUUAUAGCACUGAAUAUAAUGUUACACUAUCUAAAAUUAUUUCCGAUAUUAAACACCAGGAUGAACAUCACCUUGUUGUUACCUUUGAAUUUCCAUUGCAUUUGAGAUAUCAAAAACCCAGCAAUGAAGAAUCCCUUCGUGCAGUUAAAAUCAAAAAUCCGAAUAUCUUUUACAUGAAUAAUAUUGAAUACAAGAUCAUGAUGGAUGAAAACAGUGACAUUAGUUCAUUGAAUGAUGUGUGGAUUCCUGUUGGAAAUUUAAAUGAUUUUCAUCUUGUGAGAUAUGUCACGUUAGUCAUAACCAUUUUGGCAUGUAUAUUAGUGUGUGUGUUAUCAUUUAGAGAGAAUGGCAAGUGA